AUGGUCGAGUCGUCCAGCGACGAUAUCCUCAAAGAUGCCGAUAAAGUCGAUGUCGCGUUCCUCGUAGUAGGAGACCCAUUCGGAGCGACCACACACACCGACCUUGUCCUCCGUGCCCGCGAACUCUCUAUUUCCACUCGCUCCAUUCCCAACGCCAGCAUCCUGACAUCCAUCGGCGUAACUGGUCUACAGCUCUACAACUUCGGACAAACAGUCUCCAUGGUCUUCUUCCUCGACAACUGGAAGCCUGCCUCCUUCUACGACCGUAUCAAGGAGAACGUCUCCAUCGGCCUACAUACGCUCGUCCUUGUCGACAUCAAAGUCAAAGAACAAAGUAUAGAGAACAUGGCGCGCGGACGCCUGAUCUACGAGCCACCGCGGUACAUGACAGUCGCGCAGUGCGCACAGCAGAUGCUGGAGAUUGAGGAGGAUGUCAAGAAGGAGGGUGCCUACACAAAGGAUAGUCUGGCUGUGGGUGUUGCACGCGUGGGUGCCGAGGAUCAGCAGAUCGUUGCCGGCACGUUAGCACAGCUAUGUGACGCGGAUCUCGGAAAGCCGCUGCAUAGUUUGGUGCUGCUCGGUCGCCGGACACACGACCUCGAGAGGGAUUUCCUUGAGGAAUUUGCUGUGGAUAAGGAGAGCUUUAGGGAGGUGUGGAAGAGGGACUAUGAGGGCAAGCAAUGA